GCGGCGCGGGCGGCGGCAGCGGCGGCGCGGGCGGCCCGGGGCCGGGGCCGGUAGCGCAGGGGUUGAAGGAGGCGCUGGUGGAGACGCUGACCGGGAUCCUGUGCCCGGUGCAGGCGGUGCGCGCCGCCGCCGAGGAGCAGGUGAAGGUGCUGGAGGUGACGGAGGAGUUUGGUGUCCAUUUGGCAGAGCUGACUGUGGAUCCCCAGGGGGCUCUGGCCAUCCGGCAGCUGGCCUCUGUCAUCUUGAAGCAGUAUGUGGAGACUCACUGGUGUUCUCAGUCAGAGAAGUUUAGACCUCCAGAGACCACAGAAAGGGCCAAGGUUGCCAUCAGGGACCUGCUGCCCAAUGGGCUGAGGGAGGCCAUCAGCAAGGUGCGCUCCAGCGUGGCCUACGCCGUCUCAGCCAUCGCCCACUGGGACUGGCCUGAAGCCUGGCCUGAGCUUUUCAACCUCCUGAUGGAGAUGCUGGUCAGUGGGGAUGUGAAUGCAGUGCAUGGAGCCAUGAGGGUGCUCACAGAGUUCACACGGGAGGUGACAGACACCCAGAUGCCCCUGGUGGCUCCUGUGAUCCUGCCAGAGAUGUACAAAAUCUUCACCAUGGCAGAGGUCUACGGCAUCCGCACCAGGUCGCGGGCAGUGGAGAUCUUCACCACCUGUGCCCACAUGAUCUGCAACAUGGAGGAGCUGGAAAAGGGUGCAGCCAAGGUCCUGAUCUUCCCUGUGGUGCAGCAGUUCACUGAGGCCUUUGUUCAGGCCCUGCAGAUGCCUGAUGGACCCACAUCAGACAGUGGCUUUAAGAUGGAAGUGCUGAAGGCUGUGACAGCACUUGUGAAGAACUACCCCAAGCACAUGGUGUCCUCCAUGCAGCAGAUCCUGCCCAUCGUCUGGAACACCCUGACCGAGAGCGCUGCCUUCUAUGUGAGAACUGAGGUAAACUACACAGAGGAGGUGGAGGACCCUGUGGACUCUGAUGGUGAAGUGUUGGGGUUUGAAAACCUGGUGUUCAGCAUAUUUGAGUUUGUCCAUGCCUUGCUGGAAAACAACAAGUUCAAAAGCACAGUGAAGAAGGCCUUGCCAGAGCUGAUCUAUUACAUCCUUCUCUACAUGCAGAUCACAGAGGAGCAGAUAAAGGUUUGGACUGCAAAUCCACAGCAGUUUGUGGAGGAUGAAGAUGAUGAUACUUUUUCUUACACAGUGAGGAUUGCUGCCCAGGACCUGCUGCUGGCUGUGGCUGCUGAUUUCCAGAACGAGAGUGCAUCUGCCUUGGCUGCAGCAGCUACAAGACAUCUCCAGGAAGCUGAGCAGGCUAAAAACAGUGGUGCUGAGCACUGGUGGAAAAUCCAUGAAGCUUGUAUGCUAGCCCUGGGCUCAGUGAAGUCCAUCAUCACAGACAGCGUGAAGAACGGCAGGAUCCAUUUCGACAUGCACGGCUUCCUCACCAACGUUGUUCUUGCAGACCUCAACCUCUCAGUGUCUCCGUUCCUGCUGGGCCGCGCGCUCUGGGCCGCCAGCCGCUUCACCGUGGCCAUGUCCCCGGCGCUGAUCCAGCAGUUCCUGCAAGCCACCGUCAGCGGCCUGCACGAGACGCAGCCUCCCUCCGUGCGCAUCUCCGCCGUCAGGGCCAUCUGGGGCUACUGUGACCAGCUGAAGAUCUCAGAGAGCACCCACGUGCUGCAGCCCUUCCUUCCCAGCAUCCUGGACGGCCUCAUCCACCUGGCAGCUCAGUUCAGCUCCGAGGUGCUCAACCUGGUGAUGGAGACGCUCUGCAUCGUCUGCACGGUGGACGCAGCCUUCACCGCCAGCGUGGAGAGCAAAAUCUGCCCCUUCACCAUUGCCAUCUUUGUCAAGUACAGCAAUGAUCCAGUUGUUGCUUCUCUUGCCCAAGAUAUCUUUAAGGAGCUAGCUCAGAUAGAAGCCUGCCAGGGUCCAAUGCAGAUGAGGCUAAUACCAACCCUCGUCAGCAUCAUGCAGGCCCCUGCUGACAAGAUCCCAGCGGGGCUGUGUGCAACCUCUAUUGAUAUAUUGACCACAGUUGUGAGGAACACAAAACCUCCUUUGUCCCAGCUUCUCAUCUGCCAAGCCUUCCCUGCAGUGGCUCAGUGCAGCCUGAACACAGAUGACAAUGCAACCAUGCAGAACGGCGGCGAGUGCCUGCGCGCCUACGUCUCGGUGGCGCUGGAGCAGAUCGCGCAGUGGCACGACGAGCAGGGCCACAACGGCCUCUGGUACGUGAUGCAGGUGGUGAGCCAGCUGCUGGACCCAAGGACCUCAGAGUUCACUGCUGCCUUUGUGGGCAGGCUGGUCUCCACUUUAAUUUCAAAAGCAGGCAGUGAACUGGGAGAGAAUCUGGACCAGAUCCUGAGAGCCAUCCUGAGCAAGAUGCAGCAGGCGGAGACGCUCAGCGUGAUGCAGUCCUUGAUCAUGGUGUUUGCUCACUUGGUGCACUCCCAACUGGAGCCACUGCUGGAGUUCCUGUGCAGCCUCCCCGGCCCCACGGGCAAGCCGGCGCUGGAGUUCGUGAUGGCCGAGUGGAUGAGCAGGCAGCACCUCUUCUAUGGGCAGUACGAAGGCAAGGUCAGCUCUGUAGCACUGUGCAAGCUCCUGCAGUAUGGCAUCAACACAGACGACAAGAGGCUGCAGGACAUCCGGGUGAAGGGGGAGGAGAUCUUCAACAUGGAGGAGGGGAUCCGCACGCGCUCCAAGUCGGCCAAGAACCCUGAGCGCUGGACAAACAUUCCUCUGCUGGUCAAAAUCUUGAAGCUGAUCAUCAAUGAGCUCUCCAAUGCCAUGGAGGCAAAUGCAUCCAGACAGACAGCUGCAGACUGGAGCCAAGAUGAUUCAAAUGAUAUGUGGGAGGAUCAGGACGAGGAUGAGGAUGAAGAUGAAGGCUUAGCAGGACAGUUCUUAUCAGACAUUCUUUCCACAAACAAGUAUGAUGAUGAUUACUAUGAAGAUGAUGAAGAGGAUGACCCAGAUGCAUUAAAGGACCCUCUGUACCAAAUAGAUCUCCAGGCCUAUCUGACUGACUUCCUCUGCCAGUUUGCACAGCAGCCCUGCUAUGCAAUGUUCUCUGACCACCUCAACGAGAACGAGAAGAGAGUGCUGCAGGCCAUUGGCAUCUAGCCCCCGGCCCGCAGCAGCCCAGGCACAGCUCGCAGCAGGACUUGGGGUUGGGCUUUUUGUGUUGGCUUUCUGUGCUUUUUGGCUUAUUCCACGUUUUAUGACUAAACAUAAAACAUUUUCCAGUGUCUGCCUGCUCAUCCCAGGUGGAUGAUGAUGAUGAUGAUGAUGCAAUUCAUCUUACCACGAGUCUGCUAAGGGAAGGAACACUGAGCAAGCAGCAAGGCCAGGAGGCUGCAGAGCUUUGCACCUUGGGCUCACCCUGGCAGCACUUUCAUUUUCCACAGUUAACUUUCCAGGAAGUUCUUACAGAUAAAAUGUCCUUACUAUUUUUACAAGCUGACUGUCUCUGCCUGUUCAAGAGGCACACAACUGAGUUCCCACAGCACAGCUGGACAGGGACAGGAGCUGGGUCGCUCCCAGGCUGCUCGGCUGCCUCCUGAGCCAGGGGCAGGUCCUUCCUCUUCCUGCUCACCUAACACAGGGUAAACCUCUUGGCCUUUCUACAGAAGCAUUGACUCUUCCCAGAGAUGCCUGGAUGGUGUGGAGCCUGUUUACAGCAGUUUGGAGGGGAAGCUGAGACAAUAAAGCUGGCUGCAGAUCUCCUCCCCUGUGUGGAAGGGGCUUUGUGGCUCACAGCUGCCCAGCCCCAGGGGAGCAGCUCCUUGCUGACGCUUCUGUGUGCUCAUGCUCAGAGGAAGUCACCACUGCAACCUCUGCUCCUGUGGCAUGUGGCAACUAAAGACUUUGGGGUUAUGGAUCACCAGGAGCCACAAUUUUUAGGGGGGUGGGGUGUGGGUGGAAGUCCUGACUGUACUUAACCUAUUUGCUCCAUGACAGCCACUCUGAACUGCUCUGCUUCCUUCACACUCCCACCUGUGUGUUCCCAGAGCGGUAGAACAGCCUCUGGAAGUGGAUCUCCCCCUAAGAGCAGUGUGAUGUAUCUCACACCACCUCUCUGCCUUUGGUUCCCCCUUGGGGAAAGUGGACAUCAAACUCUCCAGUGUACAUUGGUAGCCUUCCUAUAAAACAGAUU